AUGCCAUCGCCCUACUCGGACAACCUCUACUCCGCUGCUGACCUCUCAGACGACGAGACCGACGCCCUCUCGCCUACCGACGGCUACUUCCACGCGUCGUCGGACCCCGCGUCGUCGUCAUCCACCCAUCAUGGCUCGUUCCAUCGUUCCGCCGCCAGCGUCCCUCGCGUGCCCAAUGUAUUCGUCGAGGACCCAACCUUUCAGGACCCUGGGUCCAAAGCCUGGGAGGCCGAGGCCGAGAGGAUGCGCUUAAAUAGCGGCUCGACGGGUGCUGAGGGUCCGGCUGUGUCUCCAACCACUGGCUCUGCUGGUUACCAACCCUCGAGCAUUCCGAGUCCGCCGCCUAUCCAUCACCCCCGACGUAGUGUUGAGGAGCAGCAUAACCACUAUACCGGAUUGGAUCAUCGAAUUGCUUCGCCAUAUAUGGGCCAUCCAUCCCCAAGUGUUACAACUGCUUUGCUCCCUCACCACCGUGACGCCCCGCCCGCUUACACGCCAUCACCAACAUCACCACCAGGCUCAGCCUACCAGACUUUUGCGCCGUCUAAUUCCACCAUGGGGCUCCCAGAAGAGCAGCAGCGAUUGAUAUCCCGUGGUCCCGAAUCCAUGGGCGGUCCGCCUACACCGCCUAGCCAAAUUCGCUGGCAGCGUAUCAAGAGCUCCAUUGCGAGUUUCAACCUGAGAAAGAAGCUCAGGACAACUCUCGGAGUCUUUGUCGUCUUGUCUGUCUUCUUCAUGAUGUUCAGCAGCUUUACUCUCCGACCAAAUCACAAGGAUCCUGAUAUUGGUGAUGACCAGCCGGUCAAGAAGCCCGACAUGGACAACAGCGACUUCGUAUGGAACCCCGUGCGAGGCUGCCUAAACCAUAACCUCAAGCAUUUCAAGUCGACUGUAUCGCUCGACACGCACUACACUCGUAAUUUGACAAUCAUCCAGAAGGUAAAGGACGAAGACAAGCCCGUUUCAGGUUGGAACCCUCGUGUCUCGGGAGAGAUCAUCCUGCGACCUACCGACCGCGCUUCUCCGGGAACUAUCGAGCUUGACAUCAUUACCAACGAUGAAAAGAUCAACCCGGAGAUGUUCUUUGACAAGCCCGAACAGAAAUACACGAUUUCUACUCCAAGGAAAGUUGAUUGGAACUCUGAUAGUGAAGGCCCGUGUAUCCAGAUACGUGUCACUGUCUGGGUGCCCCGUGAGGUUGUCCUCAACGCCCUCAAGGUCGACGCCGUGCAUCUUGACGUUGCCAUCCGAGAGGGCCUUAUCCUCGGGACCCUGGAGCCGACGGUUCUCCAGACUAUUGUUGGCGACGUCAAGACACCCGUGCCCAAGGAUGACGAGACCGCAGGCGGAGUAGACAUUGCCGCUUACACUCUUGCCACUCGUGAGAUCCACAUCUCGACGGUCAGUGGCGAUGUCAAGGGCUGGUACCCCCUCUACGAUGUCCUCGAUGUCAGGACCAAGUCCGGCGACAUCUCCGCUCAAGUAGGCACCAAGCCCGCAGACCCAUCAGGGGUUCGCCCGGCUCUCCUCCGCGUGCAGUCCGUCUCCGGGGAGGUCUCCGUCGAAGAACCGUUAGAUCGCGCUACCAAAGCAGCCCGCCCGGAUAGAAAGUUCCCGCCGCGUGACUACAUCGUCGAAAUGAGGACGGCAUCCGGGGAUAUUUCAGCCGUUGUGGCCACCUCGUCGCGCGCUGAGUUUGUGUCCCAGUCUGGAGACCUGAAGCUCCAGUUGUGGCCGGUGCUAGACUCGAGACUCUUGAGGAAAGGUGCCCCUGAGCCGCCCGUACUCAAGACGGAUACGAAGAGCGGCGACACACAGGUUACUCUCCUGGAUCCCCUGUGGACAAGUCUGGCCACUAUCGGCGAGGCCAUCUCGCCGAUGGGCCCCGAUGAUCUACUCGACGGCAACGAGCCUAACAUCAUCCCAGUCCCGAACAGCGACAGGAACGGCUCUGACUCGGACGACUUCGUCAUCGCCGACACCCCGAGUUUCUCCUGCCUGUCAUCCAGGCACUCGUCCGUCAGCGGCCAAAUCAAGCUUGAGUACCCAUCCUCGUGGGAGGGCACGCUGGUGGCGGUGACCGUCUCGGGCAAGCAGACGGCCCAUGGCGAGGGCCUCAAGGUUGAAAACUUGAACAACGGGCCGUGGUUGAAGCGGGUGAAGGGAACCAAGGGGGAGGGCCGCUCGCGGCUCGACAUCGACUCUGUGUCGGGCGACGAGGAUGUGCUGAUUGGCAAGGACUCUUAA